CAUUUGUGAGCAAUUGAAUUUCAAUUUCAAUUUCCCCCAACUUAAUAUCUCUGCCUUUCGGCGUCUUCACCCUCACCUCCAAUCCUACACAUACUCCUCCACUUUUCUCCUCUCUCUUGAGACCUUCUCCCUAACCCUAACCCUAGCUAACAAAUCAGGAUCCAACAUGAAAGGAGGUAAAUCGAAGUCAGAUACCAAAAGCACCAAGCUUUCUGUGAAUAAGAAAGGAGCCGCUACCACGAAGGCCCCUAAGAAAUCGGGAAAGGCGGCCAAGGAUCCAAACAAACCAAAGAGACCAGCCAGUGCCUUCUUCGUUUUCAUGGAGGAGUUCCGUGAGCAGUACAAGAAGGAGCAUCCUAAGAACAAAUCAGUUGCUGCUGUUGGAAAAGCUGGUGGUGAUAAGUGGAAGAGUAUGUCUGAAGCUGAAAAAGGACCAUACGUGGCUAAGGCUGAGAAGCGAAAGGUUGAGUAUGAGAAGAACAUGAAGGCCUAUAAUAAGAGACAGGCUGAGGGUCCCAAGGCUGAUGAAGAAGAGGAGUCUGAGAAAUCAGUGUCUGAGGUGAAUGAUGAUGAGGACGACGAAGAUGGCAGUGGAGAGGAGGAUGAUGACGAGUAGGGACUAGCAAGGGAUGUCCAGGGGGGAUAGCAUAAUCAUGUAGGCUGUGACAAUGUUCAAUCUUCCUAUGUUAAAGUUUGGGUAUUUUUAUCUAUUCUUUUAGAUGCUUGCCACAUCUAAAAGAAAUGUACGUCUGCACCCGGUUGUUUCCUUUUUCCGAUCAGAAAUUAAUAGCUGUAGAUUGAAGAUUUGCUGUUAUAUGCACUUCAAUUUGAAAGUUUAACGGUUUAGUUGAGAAUUCGAUCGUAGUAGAGUGUAUAAUCUUCUUUCUCUUUGCUUUUGUUUCUUUAGUUUGGUGCAGUUAUUAGCAUCUGGAAUGAAACAUGUCUCCUGCCGUGUGGCUAACUGUAUGCUAUUAUUACUUGUUUGUUCUGUGAAAGUAGUAUGGGGCAGAUUGUGAAUGCAGGUAUGACAAGGUUUCAACGUCCUUUGCUGUUUUCUUGGCUUCUGGUUCCCCCGAUGUUUGAUAAGCCUAUGUGAUUUUGAGCUUCGUUUAUAACUGUCUUUUUUGGACAUGUUUUCUAGUCUAGAAUUAUUUCCUUUACCUUGAUGUAUAUAAAUGUAACUUGAUCCCUCAUGUUCUAAUCAUUGGGAACUUGAUCGUUAUUAAAAGAAGUUUGGUUUU